GCAAGGCGGAAGCGGCUCUCCGCACAGAAAUCGUGGGCGCGGGUUUGUAAGUUAGGAUGUAAGGUUGAAACAAUCAGGAGAGGAUCUCUCUGGUUUGGGGAAAUUGUCCGGUUCGUUAGGGAUUCUGUCUCUAGGCCUGUGUGGUUUUUGUUGUUGUUGCUGUUGUUCUUGGUGGGGCAGCGCCUUCCAGUGAUUUCAGUGAGAAUUUCCAGCGGACCAGACGGGUGGAGUGGAGGCGAGGAAGCCGCUUCGAAUCCCACGUUCCCCCGCCUCACCGAAUGUAACUUGGAGGGAGCGGAGCGAUUUCCUGGCGUGCUGGUGGGCUUGGCGUUUUGGCUGCUCACUGUCAAGACUCUGUAGUUUGGAAAGAACGAGCGUUUUUUUCUUGCAGGAAGACUAACAAGAGGAAAAUGUCUGUUUUCCCUAAAAUAUCUUUGAGACCUGAGGUUGAACAUUAUCUUAAAGAGGGCUUUUUGAAUAAGGAGGUUGUAUCUACUUCAGGUAAACAAGAAGCAGAAAGGAAGUUUGAAACCCUUUUAAAUCGCCUGUCGCACCCUCCAUCAUUCACAACAGUUAGAGUGAAUACACAUCUAGCCUCCAUACAGUGUGUGAAAAAUCUGUUACAUGAUGAACUUCAGAAGCAGUUUAAUGGAUUAAGUGUCCCUGUCUUUCAACACCCAGACCUCCAGGAUGUCUUACUUAUUCCAGUUGUUGGACCUAGAAAGAAUAUAAAAAAACAACAGUGUGAAGUUGUUGUUGGAGCACAGUGUGGCAAUGCAGUGUUAAGAGGAGCCCACAUCUAUGUUCCAGGAAUUGUGGCAGCUUCAAAAUUUAUGAAAGCUGGAGAUGUUGUUUCCGUAUACUCUGAUAUUAAAGGAAAAUGUAAGAAAGGGGCCAAAGAAUUUGAUGGAACAAAAAUAUUUAUUGGAAAUGGGAUUUCUGAACUAAGCCGUAAAGAAAUCUUCAAUGGGCUGCCUGAACUAAAAGGAAUAGGAAUAAGAAUGACAGAACCAGUAUAUCUCAGCCCUUCAUUUGACAACGUACUAUCCAGUUACUUAUAUUUACAGAAUUUGCCAUCUGCUGUAGUAACUCAUGUGCUAAAUCCUCAACCUGGAGAGAAAAUUCUAGACUUGUGUGCAGCACCUGGAGGCAAAACAACACACAUUGCAGCACUUAUGCAUGAUCAGGGAGAAGUAAUAGCACUGGAUAAAAUAUCCAAUAAAGUAGAAAAAAUAAAGCAGAAUGCUUUAUUGUUGGGACUGAAUUCCAUCAGGGCAUUUUGCUUUGAUGGAACAAAGGCACUUAAACUUGAUAUGAGCCAGGAUACAGAAGGGGAACCUCCAUUCUUACCAGAAUCUUUUGAUCGCAUUCUUCUUGAUGCACCCUGUAGUGGAAUGGGACAGAGACCUAACAUGGCUUGUACUUGGACACUGAAGGAAGUAACAUCAUAUCAACCAUUACAGCGAAAACUCUUUACUGUGGCAGUUCAGCUGCUGAAGCCAGGGGGCGUGCUGGUAUACAGCACAUGCACGGUGACACUGGCAGAAAAUGAAGAGCAAGUCGCCUGGGCCCUCGCCACAUUUCCUUGCCUUCAGCUUCAGCCCCAGGAACCCCUAAUUGGAGGAGAAGGAAUGGUGGGAGCUGGCCUAUCAUUAGAACAAUUGAAACAGCUGCAGCGAUUUGAUCCAUCUGUUGUGCCAUUGCAGGACACUGACAUUGAUUCCUUUAAAAACGCCAGAAUGGAAGACAUGAUUUGGCUGGCAAAUAAGGAUUGUAUUGGUUUUUUUAUUGCAAAGUUUGUAAAAUGCAAAAACACAUAGAAGGAUCUUCCGAAAUCAAAAUGUCAAGCAUUUGCUGUCGUCUUUUUCCCCCCACAGUGUUGGGCCAACUGAAUGAUGGAAUGGUUGCUCAGGAAACAGAAAGGCUGCCAGUGGUUUCACCAGGGAUGAAGAACACAGUGGGGGGUGCUAUAGGGUUACAUUCUGUGUUUUUAAGAGAAAUUUUUCAUCCUGGAUUAAGAACAGUAUAAUGAAAAGGAGAUGCCUGUAGGUGUCUGGAACAUUCUCUUUUGGGCUCUUGUGUUUUAAACUGUAAAGAAUAUACAUAGUUUUUAAUGUUAAAAUUAUUGAAUCUCAUAAAAGGAAUGAAAUACAAUAUUUAAUGUUUAUAAAAAUAAUUGUUUUCUAUUGCCAA